AUGGCCGAGAUACGUCAGAGACAAGCUCCAGGAGAGAAGGAACAGGUCAAAGUGCCGUUACCCUCAGAUCCAAAAGGUAAACGAUUAGACAAGAAGGAGAUCGACAAGAAGGUCGAACAGAUCCAGACGUUGAACGUAGUAAGAUUGAUACUUUCCUUAGCUGGAUUAGGAGCAGUAGCAUGGUUCGGAUACAAGACAUUAUAUCCGAUUCUCUCUACACCUUCAAUAAUAAGUGACGGAGAGAAUCUAGCAACGAAGAUAUCCUCAACCUCAACGCACAAAUUCGGUAAGAAGAAUCAACAACCUCUGAUAUCUUCAGAGAUACCUAGUCCAGUGGGUGGCAUAAAGCUCGAAGCCGAUAUUGAGAAGAGACAAGCGGUGAAAGAUGCUUUUAUUUGGAGCUGGAAUGCAUAUGAGAAAUACGCAUGGGGUUCAGACGAAUUUUCACCCCUCUCACAAUCCGGCUCUAAUCUCACAUCAGCAGGCGGUAUAGGAUAUACCAUUGUAGAUUCCCUCGAUGCAUUGUUGGUACUAGACUUGAUACCUGAAUAUGAAAGGGCCAGAGACUGGUGUAAGAAUGAAUUGAGUUUUGAAAAAGAUGCGGUGUUCAAUACUUUUGAGACAACGAUACGUAUCCUCGGUGGACUUCUCUCAGCGCACUACCUAACUUCAGUACAUACCAACCCUUCGAUCCAGAAAGACGCCCCGAUAUUCCUUGAUCUGGCUGUAGAUCUCGGUGAGAGACUCCUUGGCGCAUUCUCAAGUCCCUCGGGCCUACCUUGGUCAGGAAUCAACCUAGUUACUCGGGAUGGAAUACCGGACAGGGAUAAUCAAGGUGUAGCUUCACUGGCUGAAGCUGCAAGUUUACAAUUGGAAUUGAAAUACCUCAGUCAUCUCACGGGAGAUUACGUAUAUUGGAAAAAGGCAGAAAGGGUAUCGGAGAUCAUCAGAGGAGAAGCGGUACAUGAUGGUAUUGCACCGAUCUUCAUCAGUCCCAUGAAUGGUCAGUUCGUGGCUUCAGAGAUCAGACUUGGAUCAAGAGGUGAUUCAUACUAUGAAUAUCUACUGAAACAAUGGCUACAAACUGAUCGCGAAGAACCCGUCUAUCGAGAUAUGUACGACGAGGCCAUGGGAGGUAUCAAGAAGCACCUAAUUGGACAGACCAAGAAAUCCGGCUUGAUCUUCACCCAAGAGUUACAUCCUGCCAGACACCCAAGAGACCAAACUCAAACUUGGCAGGUAGUACCCAAACAGGACCACUUGGUAUGUUUCCUCGGUGGAUCCUUCUUGUUGGGUAUCACCGAAGGUGGUAAGCGAUCGAUCGAUUGGAACGAUCUGGAUGAAGCCCAGCAGGAAGAUUUCGUAGUUGGGAAAGGGGUCAUUGAGAGUUGUAUGAAAACUCAUGAGACCGCUACUGGAUUAGCACCGGAAAUUGCGAUGUUUGUCCAGUGGAGCGAUGAACAACGAGCUGCUGAUGAAGAUUGGUAUAUCAAGCCUAACCUCAACGGAGUCCUGAUCGACGGGCGAAAUAUCCUUCGACCCGAGACCGUCGAGUCCCUCUUCCUAGCAUACAGAUCAACAGGCGACGAACAGUACAGAGAAUGGGGUUGGGAGGUGUUUCAAGCAUUUGAGAAAUGGUGUAAAGUCCCUUCAGGUGGUUAUGCAGGUAUAGAAGAUGUUCAGACUGUCCCGCCUAAACAGUUGGAUAGGAUGGAAACUUUCUGGCUGGCUGAGACGCUCAAAUAUUUGUAUUUGCUGUUUGAUGAUUCCGAUCACAUCCCGCUUGAUAAGCACAUCUUCAAUACCGAGGCACACAUCUUACCAGUUUUCAAACCGGAAUACAUCUCUCCUUUUGCUACAUCGUAA